GCAUUACAGCACAUUUCCUUCUCGGGACAGACUCACCGCUGCUUACCAACAGGCACCACCGCAGCCAGCCUACGGGCCGGUGCCGCCGGUUCCUUCCGGGAUGUACGCUCCGGUUUACGACAGCCGGCGUAUUUGGCGACCGCCGAUGUACCAGAGGGAUGAUAUCAUCCGGAGCAACUCCUUACCUCCCAUGGAAGUCACUCACCCCUCCGUCUAUCACAACUUUCUGCGGGAAAGAUACGGUUCUUUGGACAGCUACUGUUCGGUGCCCUGCCAGGUGCCAGCGGAGCAGAGGGCCGUGCCUUGGGCGAGGGAACCUUGUGGACAUCUGAAGCCGGCCUACGAGGACCCUCUCAGGAAGAAGGCAGAACAGUGGGCUCCUUGCCACGUGCCGAAAGUGCCCCUGGUGACAAUUUCCACUCUUCCUGCAGCCGCAGCCUCUCCGUCCUCCCCUUCCCCUCUCUUCUGUGUGGACUUCAGUUCUGAAUUCAGCGAGAACUCCAGCGGCUCGAGCGACACCAAGUAUGAAGAUGGGCAGCUGUGCCAGUAUUCGCCCUGGUCCUGCAGCACCAUCAGUUCAUGCAUCAGCGCGGUUGAGGCUGAACCGAAGGACGUCCUGGCUAAAUCCACCACAAUCCUCCUAGAUCUGGACAGCGGAGAUCCCAAGAGGCCGGCGGCGCACCUCUUUGAAACCCAGAGGAAGGCCAAGGACGAAGAUCCCAUCAUCCCUUUCAGUGACGGGCCAAUCAUUUCCAAGUGGGGCGCCAUCUCCAGGUCAUCGCGGACGGGCUACCACACCACAGACCCUGUCCAGGCAACUGCUUCCCAAGGAAGUACUACCAAACCCAUCAGCAUGUCAGAUUAUACCCCCAGCAUCAGCUCGGUGGACUUGAGGUGGAGCUGCUACGCGUCCGAUUCGACUUCCUCAGCACCUUUCAUAGAACGGGACCAGUUUGUCGCUCCCGAGGAAUCCGCUCCCAAAAAGCACUCGAGCACCGGAGACCUCCUGAGCACUGAAUUACAACAGGCCAAAAGUAACUCGGUGCUGCUCCAGAGAGAGGCCAACGCCCUGGCCACGCAGCAGAAGUGGGACUCCCUGAGCGAAGGCAGUGCCCUCACCUUAAAGCUCUUAAGCAAGGAAAUGGAGCUGCGGAAUGGGCAGGCCGACUCCCCCGAGGGCAACACGGGCACCAAGUCUAAACGAGACAUUGAACUGGAACUUUCGUCGCUUGACACGGAUGAGGCCGAGGGGCAGGGAGAGCCAAUGGAAGAGAUGCUGGGCCUCCAGCUUGGCACGAACAGUCAGAACGAUCACCUCUUCAGCGGGUCAGCUCUGGAGAACGGUCACCCAGCGGAGCAGCCCCCAAUGGACGCCAGGCAGGCCAAGAGGCCUUUCCUGCAUGAAGAACUUGCUCUUUUGGAGAAGCGGAAGGGAGUCUCGCCGGCCGCGUCCUGUUUCAGCCAACCGACAGAAUCCUCCGCAGGCAGCAGGAUCUCCCUGCCCAUCAUGACCACAUCGGCUGGCAUGCGCAGCCUUCUUCUCAAAACAGCCCAUGGCAUCGUGGAAGGGCAAAAUGACUUUUUAAGGCCGAUCGCAAAUGGCAAAAUGCUGAACACGUGAGAAGUUGCUUAGCUUUCAGGCUGGUGACCAUGAUCAGAAGCGGUUUAACUUUGUUUUGGUCUCUCUCUCUCUCUCCCUCCCUCCCUCCCUCCUUCUCUCUCUCUCUCUCUCUCUCUCUCUCUCUCUCUCUCUCUCUCUCUCUCUCUCUCUCUUUUUGAAAGAAAAUCCUUUCGGGGUCCUUUCUUUCCCUAUGGACUUUUUGAUACAUCGGACUCUUCUCGUGUCUUCGCGUUCGGGAUAACACAAGCGACAAGCGACGGAGCCGAGCAACUUUGCUAGGUUCAGAUGUUCACUUGCCACGCAACAGCCGUGUGGCAUCUGGAGCCGUUUUUUCCUUUUAAAGUGGCUUUUUCAGUGAAGUUGUUAGACACACACACACACACACCAAGUCAUUCUUGUUUUGCGAUGCCUUUCGGAGGGAGGCGUCCAAAACUAAAGCCAGUCGUUUCAGGGGAACUCUUGCGGCUCGCUUCAGUUGCUUUGCUUUGCCCUUGGUUCGAGAGGAAGGAAUUGGCACUCCUUUGAAGUCGCUUGUUUCUUCAACGGCGGAGAAGCGUUUGUGAGGAAAGAGAGGGCGCGAGGGUGAUCCCCACACAGGCGUUAAAAGCUUUGCAACUGGUUCCCCUGUACGUAGCGGUGGGUCACUCUUUCUCGCUCUGCCCCUACGGCUUCCCCUUCUCUUCGGCAGCUUGGCCUUUCCUGGGCAUCGAGGGACUUCUCUCGUAUACAAAUUCAUCGGUAACGAAGCCAAACCAAGGGCCGGGGGCGGGGGGGGCAGUUUCCACUUAACGUACUUGGUUCUUUCUUGCUCAAAAGCUUGUAAGCGGGAAUCGCGACGUUCCGUGACAGCCUCGGCACACGCUCUCAAUCCCUCAGCCCCCUUGAUCCAGCUUCCCCGCUUGGCAUUCAAUGCCUCCCCGAUUAUUCUCUGCAAAUUAAUGGACGCAGCUAAAACCUGUGUUUGUUCCCCUUUCUCUUCGUCAAAAACACACGGUUGAUUAGCGGUCCUUUAGAUCAGGGGUUUCCAAACUCGGAAACUUUUAAGACUUGUAGACUUCCAACUCCCAGAAUUCCCCAGCCAGCACAUGAAUUCGCCCUCCCCAGGCUCCAAGAAAGGCUCUGCUUGCACUGCCUGGGGAAUUCUGGGACUUGAAGUCCACAAGUCUUAUAAAAGUUUCCGAGUUUGGAGACCCCUGCUUUAGAUGCUCCUGAUAUUGAGUUGGCCAUCUUAACUGCUGAGAAUGCCAAUAUUUAGAAUUGUUAGCGAUUUAACUCCGAUGAUAUCUUGAAGACUUCAUGAUGUAGCUUGAGCUGGGCUUGUACAGAACGGGGGGUGGGGGAAAUAAGUCCUCUUUAAAAUGUGAUUUAUUAUUAUUAUUAUGAUGAUGAUUUGAAAACCAUAGAGCUCUAAAAUUGGACCAUUCUCCCCCUACGACCUCUUAGCUGUGGUCUUUUCCCUCUUUAAAAAAAUUCAGGCUACUUAUGCAGAGCAAGGUAAGAUAACUGAGCUAUCAGGCAAGAACAUUCUCUCUGUCGGUCCUCCUCUGCAGCUUCCUUUUUUAUAAUUUUUACAUUCUUCUUCCUUUUUUUUGUUUUUUGUUUGGUUUAAGAAAAUGUUUGUUAAUUAACUUCUGUGAAGUUGUUUAACUCUGGAAAUUGUACUGGAAUAUUUUAGCCAAGUGGCCCUUUCACCAGAAUGUUCUAUAUAUAUAUAUAUACAUACAUACAUACAUACAUACAUGCAUACUGUGUGUGUGUGUAUAUAUAUAUAUAUAUAUGUAUAUGUGUAUAUAUAUGUGUGUGUGUAUAUACAUACAUACAUACAUACAUACAUACAUAUAAGGGCUCAUCCUUCUAUCAAAUGGGUGUCAAAAGAAAACAUUCAAAACUGAUCAUGUUGUUGGCAGAAUAAAAGCUGGUAAUGUGGCAUCACAGUAGUUUUUACACUCACAACGUUGUGGCAUUUCUCUGCGGGUUACAGCUCUACCUUGGAUCAUUGGUAAAAACAAAAUCUCAACUUCUGAUCUACGUGUCGUUCGGAAAAAUUACGUCGUACACGUGGCUUGAAAAAUACAAGGACUGCUUGUUUUGAUAAUUCCAGCAAUGUUGUGAAAAAAGUUUUUUUAUAUAUAAUCUGCUAAUUUAAUAGUAAGGUGCAAAAAGGCAAUUUCUAUACCAGCCAAAUUCCUUCCCUUGGUUUCCUAACAGUUCCCAAAGUUUUCCUUUCUUACCGUAGUUCUUAAAACUAAAGGGAAUUUUAAAAAAUCAAGAUUUUUUUUGUUACAUAUCUCUUUAUUAUACCUGGUGACUGUUAAAACAUCCAACGGCCAAAUUUUCAAUUUAGCCAAGCGAUUCUUGUAUAUAUGGAUUUAUAUAUAUAUAUAUAUCACACUGAAGGCAAAAUGAUUUUUCCAAAAAGAGAAGGAUUGGGGGGGAAAAAACUGCAUUGCUAUUUUGUUAUUAAAAGAGAAGGUUGGAGAAAUCCUUAUUUUUUUUUGUCCCCAAGGGAAAUAGCCCUUUUGUAAAGCUUGAGUGCCACCAAUUGUCAGCAAGGUCUGAGGAUCAAAUGUUCAUUACCUGAGCAGAUUGUCUGCAUUUUAGCUGUUAACGGGUUUCGAUUUUCACGGGUUGCUUUUUAACGAACUGUGUUUUCUCUCUCAGGACUUGGCUAUUUGCAAUCCAUUGUUUACAUAACCAUAGUCUCUUUCUCUGGUGCGUCACAGUCAGAAAGCUCCCCUUCAGCUGGGUUUGUUCCUAAGAUAUCUAGGGUCCAUCGUCGUCAUCAUUUAACAACCCCAUAAUCCCUUGUGGGGUGGAGUCUGGGCAACUGAAUGGAGCUAGAGCCGUAAUGGCGAAUCUAUGGCACACGUGCCACAGGUGGCACGCGGAGCCAUAUCGGUGGGCACGCAAGUGUUGCCCUAGCUCAGUUCCGGCGUGUGCAUCUGAUUUUCGGGCCUUCUGGGCCCACUGGAAGUCAGCAAACGGGCUGUUUCCGGGCAGUGCAGUGGGGAAGGCCCGUUUUUUGCCCUCCCCAGGCUCCAAGAAAGGCUCUGGAGCCUGGGGAGGGCAAAAAGCGGGCCUACUGAGCCCACCAUGCCAUCACAUGCCAAAAGCAGGCGGGGUCAUGCACGCAUGCACGGAGGGUACAUUGAAUUAUGGGUAUGGGCAACCCCCCCCCCCCCGUGUUCUCCCUGCUUUUGGCACGCCACGGCAAAAAGGUUAGCCAUCGCUGAGCUAGAGUGUUUUAAUGGCCGGAUGCCCUUCCUGUUGCCAAUGCGGAGCUUUGUUCGGCAAAUAUAUACAGGUGUUGUUGUUUUUUUAAGGAAUCUGUUUUAGUUUGGAGCAAGCAAGGGACUCGCCCGCCUGAUAGGAACUUGAUUUAAAUAGAGGAAAGCGAUGGAGGGAGAAUUGCAGAUCAAAGAAAACAGCUGAAGUUUGACCAAGGGCCUCAGUCUUCCCCACCAGCUUUUUCAACCCAGCCUUGGCAUCUUGCUGUGCUACUAGGCAAGAGCGAUGGUUCCUGAGGCAGCCAGAUGAGAAGCAGGGUCUGUUUUAAGGCUCUUGAGUUUACAGAAUUAGGAAGGAAGGAUAGGUAGCCAGGUAGAAUGGAAGACCCAACCUCCUUCCUUAGCAGAGAAGUAGCCCUGUUACUGCGAAAUAAAAGGAGAAAUUUUGGCUCUCAGGUAUGCAUGCACACACAGAAAAGAGUUAAAAUCAGUUUAUUUGCCUUUCUUCUGAUUCAGCCCUUCAGUUAGCAAAGUUUGCGCAGGGAUCGAGGGAUGGCCGCUGUCUGUAUCGGCCCAGGUUUAAAGGGGAGAAUCAGCGUCGCUGAUCAGAGCUUCGAAGGGGAAGUUUGGCGUUGCCAAAACUGUUUGGUGCUAUUACUUCGGUAGACUUAAGUUACCUUCAGGUUUCCCAUCCGCAGUGAGUGGUUGAGCUGUGCUUCAACGCACACACUGCAAUCAGAUCCAGAUUAUUUCAUCCUUGCUUGAAUACGUUAUUUUGCCCAGAAAGGCAGUUCAGAAGUCCGUCUGGAUACGUAAAGAGAGGCAGAACAUUCCUUCCAUAGAGGGAAACGCACAAUAGCCAGAAUAGAGGAAUGGAGGAUAAGCUUUCAAACAAAAAAAAACAGAAAUCCAGUUGUUGUGAAUGUUGUCUUAAAUAAAUCAUCAUAGGAUUUUUGCAGAGCUUGGCCUGGCUAGGUUCUGUACAGUGCAAUCGGAAAAGAAAGGCGCUGACCAUUUUAUUUUUGAGACUUUUUUUUUUGUCAGCAGAUAUGUUUUUCCAGUAUUUAUAAUCUUGUGCGUUCAGAUUUAAACUCUGCGAAGAGCAGCUUUGCAGAAAGGAAAUGAUGCACUAUCCAGGGAUUCAAUUUAUUUAGGAAGACCCAUUAUCUCUUAAGGACUAGAGUCAUUCAGUUUACGAAUGCGAUGACAGAUAACGCCAGCUCUUUUCAGAGUUCAGUUAUUUCUUUCACACGGGGAGGGUCCCAGCACCAUGGUUCGGGCCUUCCAGAGGUGUAGGACUGCAAAAUCCAUCAUUCACAGCCAAGAUGUCCACUUGCUUUGAUAAGAUUGCUAUCGGGGGGAGGGGGGUUGUAGAUCAGGAUAUCCUGUUCGCCUCCUACAGUAAGGAAAUGUCGAAAGGAUUACGUGACAAAGGAAAAAAAUUUUCUACACACAUUCACGCAACUAUGCUUUUGAAUAGUUUAAAUAAAAAGUUCAAUGAACUUUUUAUUGUACUUGACAAAAAUCCGACAUUUAAGAACUCCUGACUGUAUCUUGCAAGCGCCAGACACCGGAACAAAGUUCAUUUGCAAAGAUUAGUUAAUCCUCCCCUAAGGAAUUAUCGGUCAAUUAGUCCAAGGCAUAGGAAAUGCAUGCAUUUCUCUUCUUUUUUGGGUGGAUAAAUCCAUUAUACUGUAGUUGUGAUACAACACCUGUGGUUCUUUUCUCUUUCUAUUGCACAGCCACUGCAGAGUGUUGUAAUUUAGCAUGCAGUAUUUACCUUCCACUUUUACACUAUAUACUGCAUAUAUUUCUUUUCCCUGAAAGUUAAAAAGAAAGAGGGGAGGUGGGGGGGAGGAAAAAAAAGACUUCGUUUUCUUGAGUUGAUUUAAGAUUUUAUAAACCUGCUUAAUCUGGAACAUUUGGGAAAAGAGGCCAGGUUUUUUUUGUCAAUUGUACAACCGCUUGUAAAGCUCAAGUGUGAAUAUUCUUACGUCUGUAUUAGACAUUUUCUUUGCAAAUCUAUUGUUCGAUUAAAAUGUAAAUGAGAUAAAAGAUGGUGUACACCCAUCAUAUAUAAUAAAGCCGAUUCCAUCGCUACGAUGGAUUUAAUGCUCAUUUUUAAUGGUGCAUUCUCAGCUUCUAUUUAAAAAUAUAAUUUAAAAAAAAUAUCUGUAAAACAAAAUGGGGCAUAUAUUUCAGGGUGGGGUAAUAAUGAAUUCUAUUCCAUUUUGUUCUGUUUUAAAUCUCCAGAUUGUAUUAUCGUUAUUUUUUUUUCCUCUUUUGUGUUUAGUGGAAUAGGAUUUACACCAGGGAUGUUUAGACCGUACGGUCUGUAUUUUUGGGAGGGGAAGUUGGAAAAAAAUGGGAACUGGCUUUGUGAUUUAGCCUGAAUAGUACAUACGUGUGUGUUUGCUGUAGCACUGAAGUAGAGAUUGUUAGCUUUAAGGCUGGUCACAGACUUUAGCUAAUUGUGGUCUGUUCGUUUGUUUUUUUUUCCCAGUGUUUCAAGAGAGACUUAAUAGAAUCAAUUUGCAAUACUUGAAAUGUAUUUGCAUGCCGUUAAAUAAAAGAAAAAAGAAAUAUCUGCUUAAA